GCCGUCCAUUCCGCGUCGCGACGGGCGUCAGACAUUGGCCCUGCAGGGCCCACAACUACUAGUGCGGCUGGAACGCUAAGCGCACCUUAAAGCAGCACGCACUGGUGGACCACCGCUGUCGCCCCUCGCUCUAUUCCCUCACGCCAGCAGGGGUGGCUGCAGCGCACACAUCCAUGGAGCGAGCUGGACUGCAGGCAGUGGAGCGGCAGGAGGAAGGAGCAGGGAGGAGUGGGAGAGGGAGAGAGCGGAAGCGGCAAGCAAGGAGUGCUGCUGAUAGUGGCGCAACUGUAGCAGCUGUAGCAGCCCAAGACACAGGAGCACCAGUAGCAUUGAAUUUGCCAGCAGCGAGAAAAAGAAUGGCAAAAACUCCAGCAGCAGCAGCAGCAGCAGCAGGAGGAGGAGGAGGAGCAGGAGAAGCAAGCACUCCAUUCAGUAGGAGUGGGGCAGCAUCAGAAGCAGAAGCAGGGGAGGGAGAGGCAGUUCUGGGAGGCAAAGCGUCGGCACUCAUGGCAUCGCUACAUGCAGUGAAUGGCUGCUCCAGCGACCCCCCUACCUCCCUUGCAUUGGCGCACCUGACAUCCCCACCAACCUGCCUCUCCCUCUCGGAGACGGCUGACAUUCGCCUGCCCCUGCUGGCCCAGGGGCAGCGGUUCAGCGAUGCGUACCGAGUGGUGGUGCUGAUCGAGAGCAGAGAGAAGGGGUGAGAAAGGACGGGAUGUGACGGUUGACAGACGGGGCGAGGGAAGCCUGGUGGUCGACAGCAGCACUGUGAGGCGGACCGGGGGAUGGGGCCCAUAGACAGCUGGGAGAAGGUGUGAGAAGUGGGUGAGGAGGGUGAAAAGGAGGAUUGGGUGUAUAGAGAAGGGUUGAGCACUGAGAGGAGGUGUGAGGGCAUCAUGGUGG